UGUUGCAGCUUCCACCACAGCUCAAACGCGACGGUCGAGCUCACUGGCCUGGGAGCUGCUCCAUUUCUGUGGGUUUUGUGUGUGUUUUUUUUAAAUUUCUCGCCCCGUGUGUCCCUCUUUCGCGGGGAGAACUUUUGCUUGUGUUUGAAGCAUGGCCGACUACGUCUUAUUUAACAAUUGUAUCGAUGGCUUGGAUCAGCACUUCGGUGGGAAGGGGAAGUUGGACGCUGCGAGCGGAGCGGUGCAGAACGGGGCCGGCGGCAAGCUGGCCGGGCUGUGCGAGGAGCGCUGUGACAGUGGCAUCGGCUCCAUGAAUGAGAAGGACGAGGAGGUGUUGCGGGAAAUCAGGGAACUCAGCCUGACCGACAAGUCAGAGGCGCCCCAGUCUUGGAAAGACUUCGUCUCGGAAGACGGAGAUACGUUCCUUCAUCUGGCCAUCAUCCACACUGCCAAAGAAGUUACCCUCCAGAUCCUCAAAAAUAUCCAGGAUGGAGAUCGGUAUCUCCACCGCCAGAAUAACCUGAAACAGAGUGCCAUGCAUCUGGCCGUGAUCACACAACAGUCGGAUGUGCUGCAGUCUUUGCUUUGGGCGGGAGGAGACCUCGGACUGAGGGACAUCAGUGGCAACACACCUCUGCACAUCGCCUGCGAGAUGAAUCUGUUUGAGUGUGUCAGCAUCAUCAAUGAGUCCUGCACAAGACGUGAUAUCCAAAGCCUCCUGGAUAGCAAGAACUACAAUGGUCUCACCUGUUUGCAUUUGGCAGUGAAGAACAGACUUCCCCAUAUGGUGAAAUACUUAAUACAGCUAGGAGCUGAUAUUAAUGCACAGGAGCCAUCCAGCGGUAGGACUUCACUUCAUCUUGCAGUGGAGGAGCAGGAUGCUGAAAUGGUGACACUGCUGGUGCAGUGUGGAGCAGAUCCCAAUGUCCUAAUGUACAAUGACUGUGCGCCCUACCACCUGACCUUGGGACGGGAUAAUCUGACGAUACAGAAGGAACUUAUCAACGUGACAGAUCCAUCCCUGCACAUUUUCUAUGAAGAUAAUCAGAUGUGGGAUUAUGAAUCUUCUGACUGGGAGGUUCCUUUCUCAUAUGAUGACUGCGUAAUUGGGGGACGGCCGCUUGGGUGCUGAAGAUGACCCCCUUACACAUUGCUACUCUGCACUUUCUGUAUUUCAAUUCGUCUAAAGAGUUGGAGACGUGUAUUGAAGCAUGGUUACCCAGUCAUCUCCUUUGAUGAGAAACACCAAUGACAGACACUAAAAUUUACAAGUCAUGCAGCUGGGUGCCCAUGUAUCUUAAAUAAUUUUAAUGUAAUUUAAAAAUAUCCAGAAGCAGAGGAUGUGAUGAUGUAAGUUAUACUGUAGAUGUAGAAUGAGAUCUUCUGGUGUAAAGGGAAUUAUUGAACGCACUGUAUUCUCAAUUGCAUGGAGCAGAUGACUGAAAUGUUAUAUUUUAGCAUACUGGGUAUAUUUGUCAUGUAUAAAGUGUAAAUGUGUAAAGUACUGUAAAUACUGUACAUUAUCUAGUGAGAAUAUUUGAUACAACUCUUUGAUAUUUAUUUUUGUCAAAUAAAGUAAAUGAAGCAUUUAAAA